AUGUCGACAAUCGUGGCGGACCCACCCCGCCAAUCAGGGAUGGCUACACCCGGCACAGCAGUGAAGCCCCUAGCUGUACCAGCGAACGGCACCAAGGAGCCUGCGUCCGAGGCAACGCCAGAGCCUAUGGACACGACGAGGAAACUCAUGGAGAGGGCCAAGCGCCGACUGCAGAUCCAGAUGCAGUACGUGGAGAACGCGAAACGCAAGAUCCUGGAUGAGACCCAUCCGGAUAUGGCAGAGAGGUUGCAAGUGCUCGUGGAAGAGCGCGACCGGCGCCUGCGAGUGGCCAAGCAGCGGAGCGACUACUUCCAGCACGGCACGACUGUGAUCUUCGACUACGAGUGCGACGAGGCCAACUCGGAGUAUGAACUGCACUGUGAGAAGCUGCGUCAGGAUAUGCUGGACGAGAUCCACCACGAGAUGGAGAUCCUGGGCGACCAGCGCAAGGGAGGGCACAGCUUUUCUCGGACGACGACUCGGAAGACGCGCAGUACCCGCAAUAAAAACGGCUCGGACGCGAACGUUGCCCUCGACACCGCACAGAAGAUCAAGAAGCGUGCUGGCUAUGUGUUUCAGCCGCUGGAGAACAAGUUGGGUCAGUCGGAGAUCGACCACGACGUCCGCGAGCUUACAAACGUCUACGAGGCAUCGAAGAAGCGGCGCAUGGAGUUCGACACCGACGGCGAGAUCACGCCUGUGGCCAAGUACUACCGGAAUAAGUUUCUGUACCGCGACUGGAUCUUCCAGGAGGGCGACGAGGUAUACGUGCUCAACUACCCGGCGUCCAGCGAGUAUGCAGCCGUCAUCUGCGGCAUCACGCCCACGGAGCUCCUCGUCCUGUCGGAGAAGGGCAAGUACUACCGCCUGGUCAUCAUGGACAUCCGACAGGGUCGUGUCGUGCUCACCACGCUGUCAUCAGAGCAGGCCGCGUCCCGAGACGAUCUCGGUGACGCGAGUCCAUAG